AUGGACCUUAUUGGUCGAAACUUAGUUAUGGUAAGUAAAAGCAGAUCCAUUGGUGGAGUCAAAACUUGUUACAUUCAUGAUUUGAUAUUUGAGUUCUGUAAGGGCGAGGCGAAAGAAAAGAAAUUUCUUCAGGUCCUGCGAGGAUAUGAUGAGCUUUCUGCCUUUAAUGAGCCUCCCAACCCACCUCGGUUGUCCGUUUGCUCCAGUGGAGAAGAUUUUAUAAAGUCAAAGCUAUUUUGUCCAUAUGUAGGUACUCUGAUACUCUUUGAUGCUACUCCAGGAGAUGAGUUGCGUAACAUCUCCUUCCUUUUUUGCAUCUACAAAGAUCUUGAAGUUUUGAAUUUAGAGGGCAUUAACCUAAGGCUGAGGGAGCUUCCAACUGAAGUUGAAUCACUUCUUUAUUUGAGGUACUUAGCCCUUACAGCUUGGAACAUGGCACUCAUUCCACCGUCUAUAGCCAAGCUCUCACAUUUGGAAACCUUCAGUCUAAAUUCUUACGAGACGGUUUCAUUGCCAGAUAGCAUCUGGAACAUGAAGAAGUUGAGGCAUGUACAUGUAAGGCAUGGCUUUGUUAUUCCUUUCUCUUCCAAUGACCACGUUAUUGAAAACCUCUCCACUUUACCCAAUUUAGACACACUCUCCAAUCUGUAUCUUUGUGUUGAUCAAGAAGUAGAGAACAUAUUGAGAAGGAUUCCCAACGUUCGCCGACUUAAAAUUUUUGAUUGGGGGAAACAAAACAGAGUAUGCUGCAACAUGAGUCGACUAGAAUGCCUAGAGUCACUCACCUUAGGGGUCUACAACUACUUUGAUUCGCUGGAAUAUGUGGAGCUUUCUUUUCCCAUGAAUUUGAAGAAGUUGUGUCUUUUAAAUGUGGUUCUUCCCUGUAGAAAAAUGUCAUUGAUUGAACAACUACCCAAUCUUGAAGUCCUUAAAUUAAGAGCGCAGGCAAUGGACGGCCAAAAAUGGGAGCUGAUGGAGGGAGGAUUUCCUAAACUCAGGAUCUUGACGUUGGAAGAUGUAGAGGUUGUUGAGUGGACAGAGACAGACCCUGACAGCGAUGAUUACUUCCCGUGUCUUCAGCAAUUAAAACUCCACGGAAUUUAUAAAUUGGAAAUGAUGCCUGCUUGUUUAGAGCGUAUAUUUACUCUUGAAACAAUUCAGGUGGAUUAUUGGGGAGAUGGUGUCAAAUCUUUAGUACGGGAAAUUGAAGAAGCACAGACAUAUAAUGGAAAUGAGAAUCUGAAGAUCAUCAUCGUAGAUUGA